UGCUAUCGUUUCUGUGGCAACUCGGCGCCAUCCGAGUUUCAACUUUUCAAGCUCAUAACUUGCUCGACGUUUCGGGCAUUUUUGAAAAGCAAAAUGGAGAACAAAAGUCGAAAUAAUGCUUCUACGGGGAAGAACAAUGAAAAUAAGAUACCCUUAACACUUGAUCAGAUUAAUUCUGAUCGUGUUACACAGGUUGCUUCGAAAUAUUGGGCGCCACAAACCAGUGGAAAUCACAUGGAAUUUGAUGCUAAUAUUGUGGAUCAAAUAUAUCAGCAAGAGAUUCAAGGUGCAAAAUUCAUGAUUCGACGGAUCAUGAUGCUAGAAUUUAGCCAGUAUCUCGAAAACUACUUGUGGCCAAACUACAAACCUGGCCGUUCCUCCACCUACCAUGUAUUGUCAAUAAUUAUAAUGGUUAAUGAAAAAUUCAGGGAGCGAGUAUCAGCGUGGCAGAUCUUUCAAAAACUGCCAGAAAAUUUUCCGAGCUUUUUCAAGCAGUUGAUGGAAAUGUCCCUAGAUGAAAAGGGGGGACUGAGUUUUAAAGAGCGAACAAUCAUCCUCAUCUUUUUUAACCACUGUUUCAAUAGCCUUGAAGUUGAGUUGAUUCGAGAUCAAGUGCAGCGCUUGGUCUCAUUGUCAAUCUGGACUUGUUUACCAGAGGGAAGGCGAGAGCAAGAACUGAAUAGUUUUCCUAAACUCAAAAAGUUUUGGAAAGUUAUACAGAAAAAAGAUGCCAAGGAGAAUGAGGAAUCGAGAGCUAAAAUAGAAUUUGAACGCAGAUUUCUUCAGCGUCUGAUGCAGAAGUUCCUUUCUCUUUUAGCCACCAUUCCGUUAGAAGGAGACAUUGACAUCGAGGCAGUCCACUACUGUGAACGCUUCCUAGAACUUCUAAUAGACUUAGAAGCAUUAUUACCCACUCGCCGCUUCUUCAAUGUCGUAAUGGACGAUUGUCACCUGGUUACACGUUGCCACCUGUCAGCGUUAAAUCAACGCUCAGAAGGAAAGCUCUUUUCACAGUUGUUGGAUAUGCUGAAAUUCUAUGCCCGUUUCGAAAUCAACGAUCAAACCGGCGAUCCGUUGACAGACCACGACAUGAUGCAGCUCCAUUAUGAUCGCAUCACGGCACUGCAGAAGGCCGCCUUCGUCAAAUACUCUGAAUUGAGGCGGUUCGCUCUGACCAAUGUGGCCAGCAUCAAUACGCGUGAAGCUCUAACGAAGCACUUCGAGAGCCUCAGUACGACGGUGUUGCAAGAUGUGGCCGCUUACCUCAAGCUCCUGCCGCCGCCGGAUAAUUCGGACAAGGACGAAAAGGAUAAACAAUUUCUCAUGGAACUCUUGAUUUCCCGUCACGAAAGACGCACUUCACAACUGGAGGCGUUGAACGAAAUGCCGUUGUACCCGACGGAGGACAUCAUCUGGAACGAGAACAUCGUGCCGACCGAGUACUUUUCAGGUGAAGGCUGUCUCGCCUUGCCCAAGCUCAAUUUGCAAUUCCUGACGCUACACGAUUACCUGCUGCGGAACUUUAACCUGUUUCGACUCGAGUCGACCUAUGAAAUCCGACAAGACAUUGAGGAUUCUGUCUUCCGGAUGAAACCCUGGAAGGGCGAGGAUGGUGGUGUAGUGUUUGGCGGAUGGGCCAGGAUGGCUCAGCCCAUAACUGCAUUUUCCGUUGUCGAAGUGGGCAAACCAAACAUUGGCGAGAAACAGCCUUCGCGUGUGCGAGCCGAUGUAUCAGUCAUCCUCGACGUUCGCAACGAUGUCAAGCAUGAGUGGGAAAACUUGCGUAAACAUGACGCAUGCUUUCUUCUCACCGUUCGCCCACCUGGCCCACCCGGAACUCACUUUAAUUUCAGAGAGCCAUUUGUACCCCAAGUGGGUUUGGUCUACGUCCGAGGUUGUGAGGUAGAGGGCAUGCUGGACCACCUUGGAAGAAUUAUCGAAGAAGGGCCUGAUCCCAGGCCGAAAAUUCCGGGUGGACAGAGAACUUUCCGCGUUUGGUUGGAUUGCAAUCAGUACAAAUUAGAUAUGGAUCGCGUUUCGCAAAAUGGAGAAGACGUUUACGACUCGUUCAAUAUCCUUAUGCGACGCAAACCAAAGGAGAACAACUUUAAGGCUGUUUUGGAAACGAUCCGAGACUUAAUGAACACUGACUGCGUUGUCCCUGCGUGGCUCCAUGACAUCAUUCUGGGUUACGGCGAUCCAGGAGCAGCUCAUUACUCUAAAAUGCCUAAUCAGAUUCCAGCCUUGGAUUUCAACGAUACGUUCUUGAGUUAUGCUCACUUGAAGGAAAGCUUCCCCGACCACGAAAUCCGCACUAAUGAAGAAGGCGGAAAAGCGGCAGAAAAUGAAGGGGGACAAGACGGGCCGACGAAAUUGGUCCCACCGUUCCGGUUAACUUUCAAUCUACAAGGAAAAGAUAUUUUAGUUGAACCCCACGUUAUACCCAGCCGUGGCCCUUACCCUUUCAACGAGCCUAAGAAGAAUGCCGUCCGUUUUACGCCGACGCAAAUUGAAGCCAUCCGCUCGGGCAUGCAGCCCGGCUUGACAAUGGUGGUCGGACCUCCUGGUACGGGUAAAACUGAUGUCGCCGUCCAGAUUAUCUCCAACAUCUACCAUAACUUCCCCGAGCAGCGGACGCUAAUCGUCACUCAUUCCAACAUGGCACUCAACCAACUGUUUGAGAAAAUUAUGGCGCUAGACAUCGACGAGCGCCAUUUGCUCCGUAUGGGUCACGGUGAGGAGGAACUGGAAACGGAGAAGGACUUUAGCCGAUACGGUCGUGUCAAUUACGUGUUGGCCAAGCGUUUAGAGCUUCUGGAUCAUGUUCAGCGAUUGCAGCAAUCCCUGGGAGUCGCCGGUGAUGUGGCCUACACAUGCGAGACAGCUGGCCACUUUUUCCGUCUGCACAUUCUGGCCCGGUGGGAGGAAUACCUCGCUAGCGUCAGAAGUGACAAGAGCAGCGAAGUGGCCGUCGAGGAUGUCGGCCGCUUUUUCCCGUUUGCCAAGUUCUUCGACGAUGCGCCGCAGCCCAUUUUCAAGGGCCGCAGUUACGUCGAGGAUAUGGAAAUCGCCGAUGGCUGCUGGCGAUUCAUUCGCAAGAUUUUCAGUCAAUUGGAAGAGUUCCGCGCUUUUGAGCUAUUGCGAAGCGGACUUGAUCGAUCGCGGUACCUGCUGGUCCGCGAGGCCAAAAUCAUAGCCAUGACCUGUACGCAUGCGGCCCUCAAGCGCAGAGAGUUAGUCGAAUUGGGCUUCAAGUACGAUAACAUCUUGAUGGAAGAAGCUGCCCAGAUCCUGGAGAUUGAGACCUUCAUUCCGCUAUUGCUGCAGACGCCACAGGACGGAUUCAACCGGCUCAAGCGCUGGAUCAUGAUUGGCGAUCACCACCAGCUUCCACCCGUCAUCAAGAACAUGGCGUUCCAAAAGUUUUCGAAUAUGGAACAGUCGCUUUUCACGCGCGUCGUACGUCUCGGCGUGCCCACCAUCGAUCUCGACGCUCAGGGACGUGCCAGGCCGAGUCUCUGCUCGCUCUAUCAGUGGCGUUACAAGAAGCUGGGCAAUCUCGAGCAUGUUACGAACGGGCCCGAGCAUCGCGUGGCCAACGCCGGAUUCGUUUACGAUUUCCAAUUGAUCAACGUCGACGACUUCCAGGGCGUCGGAGAAUCCGAGCCCAAUCCUUACUUUUUCCAGAAUUUGGCCGAGGCCGAGUAUGUCGUGGCCGUCUUUAUGUACAUGAGAUUGCUCGGCUAUCCGGCCGAGAAGAUAUCCAUCUUGACCACGUACAAUGGACAGAAACAUCUGAUCCGCGAUGUGGUCAACACUCGUUGCGCCAACAACCCGCUCAUCGGCAAGCCCAGCAAGAUUGAUACCGUUGACAAGUACCAGGGUCAACAAAACGAUUACAUUCUACUGUCGCUCGUGCGUACCAGAGCGGUCGGUCAUUUACGUGACGUCCGACGUCUGGUGGUGGCCACGUCGCGUGCCCGUCUUGGCCUCUACGUCUUUGCCAGAGCCUCGUUGUUCGCCAACUGUUUCGAACUGACGCCAGCCUUCCGGUUGCUCCUGCAACGACCUACUGACCUGCGACUGCUGCCGGACGAGACCUACCGGACAGAGAGGCUCUCUGCUGAAGAGCCGGAUACGGAUGCAGUUAUGGUCAUCAACGAUAUGCCACAGAUGGCCACGUUUGUCUACGACUUGUACCGCAAAAAAGUCGAGGCCAUCGCCAAGGACCCCAAUGCGGAGAAGCCGUGGGCUAAGCCGAUCGAGCCCAUGCAGGAGGAUGUGAAGCAGCCGGUAGCGGAGGAAUCGGAUUCCGAGUCGUCGGAAACGGAAGUGGAAGAGGUCAGGAUCAUCAAUGAAAUUGAAGAAGAAGAAGAAGCCUCUGGGCGAGAAACGAGACAGGAACCUGUCAAAAAGCAAAAGAAGGACGAAGAAGAAAAAGAAGAAGAAGAAGAUGAAAAGGAAAGAGAGACGGCAACGGUGGCCUCCACUGAGGAGGAUCAAGACUCUUUAAGGAAAUGACUUUUAAGAGAAGGGAAAAGGGCGAGUGAAAUGAAAAGAAACGGAUGAGCGAUCAAUACAUUCAUUUUCCAGCUAAGUGAAUUCCGAAGAGGAAAAAAAAAAUGGAUUGUCGUUGACAUUUUGUCAUUGAUGAACCUUGGCGGACAUGUUUUGUUUAUUUGGCUGUUGGCCACUGGUUUAAAGAAAAAGCUGUUGGGAGGUCAAUGCGAAAAGAAUGCUGUUUUGUAGCAAACGCAAUAUUCAAAAAAAGAAAAAAAAAGGUGCAUUAAAUUGAAAGAAACAGGAAAGAAAGAAAAGAACAGAGGCUGUGCAGAAAUGAAUUUCACUGUUGCCAGACUUUUAUGACGAGCCAUACUGUGAAUAUGUGCACCAACUGUUUUGUUGUUGAAUUUUUUUUUUUAGGAAUGAAAGAAGGGACUAAAGGUUUUGUUUGUUACCAACCGGAGCUAUUAUUUUGACGAAUGGAUCGAUGGUGCAACAGAGAUUGGAACUUCUCCACUGGACUGAUCCGGAUAUGGAAAAUUAUUCAAAAAAACAAAACAAAAAGACAAUGUUCACCUUUAA